GGGAAAAGCUUCAAUGGGAGCUCAGACCUUGUCACUCAUCAGAGAAUACACAGAGGAGAGAGACCCUACAUGUGCUCCGAGUGCGGGAAAAGCUUCAGUCAGAGCUCUACCCUUAUCACACAUCGGAGAAUCCACACAGGUGAGAAACCUUAUGGAUGUUCUGAGUGUGGGAAACACUUCAUUGAUAGUUCAACCCUCAUCUCACAUCAGCGAAUUCACACAGGAGAGAGACCCUAUACGUGCUCUGAGUGUGGGAAAAGCUUUAGUCGGCGCUCACACCUUAUCACACAUCUUAGAAUCCACACAGGAGAGACGCCCUACACGUGCUUUGAGUGCGGGAAACGCUUCACUGAUAGUUCAGCCCUCAUAUCACAUCAGAGAAUCCACACAGGGGAGAUGCCCUAUACAUGCUCCGAGUGCGGGAAACGCUUCAAUUGGAGCUCACACCUUAUCACACACAGGAGAAUCCACACAGGUGAGAAACCUUAUGGAUGCUCUGAGUGUGGGAAAAGCUUCAGUCAGCGCUCCCACCUUAUCACACAUUGUAGAAUCCACACAGGAGAGAAGCCCUACACGUGCUCUGAGUGUGGGAAAAGCUUCAGUUGGAGCUCACACCUUAUCAGGCAUCAGAAAAUCCACACUGGGGAGAGACCCUACAAAUGCAGUGAGUGUGGGAAAACCUUCAAUCGCAGCUCACACCUUAUUGCCCAUCAGAAAAUCCACACAGGGGAUAGGCCCUAUAAAUGCUGUGAGUGUGGAAAAUGCUUCACUGAGAGUUCAGAUCUUUCUGUACAUCAGAGAAUCCACACAGGGGAGAGGCCCUACAAAUGCAGUGAGUGUGGGAAAACCUUCAAUCGCAGUUCGGACCUUAUUAGGCAUCAAACAAUCCACACAGGGGACAGGCCCUACGAAUGCAGUGGAUGUGGAAAAUGCUUCACUAGCAGCUCAAACCUUUCUCAACAUCAGAGAAUCCACACAGGGGAGAGGCCCUACGAAUGCCGUGAGUGUGGGAAAACCUUCACUUACAAAUCAGGCCUUUCUAGACAUCAGAGAAUCCACACAGGGGACAGGCCCUAUGAAUGCAGUGAGUGUGGGAAAACCUUCAAUCGCAGAUCAGGCCUUUCUAGACAUCAGAGAAUCCACACAGGGGACAGGCCCUAUGAAUGCAGAGAGUGUGGGAAAACCUUCACUCAAAUAUCAGCCUUUUCUCAACAUCAGAGAAUCCACACAGGGGAGAGGCCCUUUGAAUGCCGUGAGUGUGGGAAAACCUUCACUUACAAAUCAGGCCUUUCUAGACAUCGGAGAAUCCACACAGGGGAAAGACCCUACGAAUGCCGUGAGUGUUGUAAAACCUUCAGUCGCAGCUCGCACCUUAUUAGUCAUCAAACAAUCCACACAGGGGACAGGCCCUAUGUAUGCAGUGAGUGUGGGAAAACGUUCACUCAAAGUUCAGCCCUUUCUGUUCAUCAGAGAAGCCACACAGAUGAGAGGCCCUAUGAAUGCAGAGAGUGUAGGAAAACCUUCACUCACAGAUCAACCCUUUCUGUUCAUCAGAGGAUCCACAGAGGGGAAAGGCCCUAUGUAUGCAGUGAGUGUGGGAAAACGUUCACUCAAAGUUCAGCCCUUUCUCUUCAUCAGAGAAUCCACACAGGGGAGAGGCCCUAUGAAUGCAGAGAGUGUGGGAAAACCUUCAAUCACCGCUCACACCUUAUUACCCAUCAGAGACUCCACACAGGGGAGAGGCCCUAUAAAUGCUGUGAGUGUGGAAAAUGCUUCACGAAGAGUUCAGCCCUUUCUCACCAUCAGAGAAUCCACACAGGGGAGAGGCCCUAUGUAUGCCAUGAGUGUGGGAAAACC